GCAUAGUGGACGUCGCGCGCAACGCAACGCGGUUCGAGGAGCGUCGCGGACGCUCUCUCGCGCCGCUCUCUCCCAUCUUGUGCCACUGCCAGGGAGCGCGUUCGCCGAACGCACUCUCUCAGGGCAGCCCACUAUGUCCACAGCGGAAGACGCGCGGCGCCGGGGUCCGGGCAGCCUCGACAAAAUGUCCGCAGCGCCGGAAGACGCGCGCCCGGCGCCGGGGACCCCGGUGAGGCCCAGUCCAGGCACAACAGUCGUCACCCCGACGAAGGUCGGUCCCGACGAGUGGCGCCGCGACGGCGUCGGCGGCCACACGCCGGAGGACUUCUACGCCAGGGCCGCGGAACUCAAGGGCGCGCCCACCACACAACGCGGCGCCGGCGUAGGAGUGGUGGGACUCACGCACGAGCUCAGCGAAAAGGACGCGGAGAGUUUUUAUGUUCAGGUCGCCGACCUGAAGGGCGACGCGCACGCGGAGCGGACGCGGCGCGAGAGGGAAGAAAGACGCCUGUCCAUGGAGCGCGAGUUCCGGGAGAUCCUGCCGCACACGAGCAUCGGCAAGCGGCGCGCGGGCUGGGAGGCGCCUGUCUACUGGAAGGACAAGGACCCGAAGGCGCCGCCGCCGGACGCGAGCGGCGGCUCGGACGCGGCCGCGCUCUGCGCGGCGGCGGCGGCCGCGCGGCGCGAGGCCGCCGCGGCGCGGCUCAGGCCUGACGAACCGCGCGCGGCGCCACCGGUAGAUAGGGCUGUCAGCGCGGCGGCGUACGACAUUGGAGAUGCCAUAACGAGGCCGAAAGCGCCCGAACCGGAUCACGCGCCCAUCGAAUGGGUCGCGCCGCCGAAGCGCCCGACGUCGCCCGACGGCUUCGACUUCUUCCCCGACAUCGACGAGCGCGACGACAAUAACAGGGCGCCCGCGCCGCCGCCGGGCGCGUGGUGGUGGGAGCGCCUCGCCCACGGCGUCCAGAACUGCGGCCCUCUCAUUGAGGCCUGCGGGGAUCCUUGCCACACGGUCGUCGACGACGACACGUACCCGGCGCCCGCUGGCUGGAAUCCGCCGCCACGCGUCUCGCGGCGGGGCGCGUCGCCGCCGCGGGCGCCGCCGUCGGGAGGUAAGGGCCCUGCAUAA